AUGUUGAAAGAAGAGGUUGAAACGAGCACGCCGAGAAAUGGUGAUAACCCGCACGCGAUUACACCAGACUCAGGAAGUAACGACGUGGCCAAGGAGUCGGAUCAAAAGCUGGCGGUAGAGGAACGAUUGGCCAACAAGAUGUUCUCCUAUGCAAGGAAAAUCAUACGAUUUUUUCUUGCGAUCAUUUUCACCGCCCUAGCUGCCCUUCAUAGUUCAUCUCCUAAAGUAUCGAAGCCACCAAUAGCAAAGCCAUUUUUCAAUCAAAGUUCGAUGGUCUUAGAUUUCUACAAAGGACAUUUAGGUGCUAUGGUCGAGAGAGUUACGGAAGCAGAUUUCAGUUUUGUUAUGUAUUACGCCCCAUGGGAUGCGGAGAGUCAAAAUAUGCGGCUGGAAUUUGAGAAAGUUGCUCAAUAUUAUCAUUCGCAAAUCUUCUUUGCUGCCAUAAACUGUUGGCAUCCGAACUCAGAAUGCAGAGCCCAAUAUAAAAUACCGAGUUAUCCAGUGUUGAUGCUUUAUCCAUCAAAAAAGUCUGGCGUGGAGUAUAGGGGGAUACGUACUUGGCCAUAUAUGAUAAAAUUCCUGAAUACAGUUAUGAAUCCUAUCGUUAGGAUAACACAUAAGGAACAGCUAAUGAAUUUACUUGUUAACUACGAUGCUGUGGUAGUAGGCUAUUUUAAUUUCACGCGAUUAGAUAGAACUCCGGGCUAUAAGGAAUUCCAUAAAGCUGCAGUGAGAGCAUUAGAAGAAGAUCCUAACAGAGAAAUGGUUUUCGCAAUAGUCACUAGUGCAUUAUCCAGCAAAACGGACUACGAUAUUCAUCAAUUUCCAUCGGCUCAUUUGCUCACGCCUAGCGAGACCAUAAGGUAUCCAGAAGGAUCUGAAUGGAUUUCCGAAAACCUAUUAAAUUGGAUUAGCAACUCGAUGCAUCCACCAGUAUUGUGGCUGCAACCACCUGGGGUAAAAUCGUUAACAUUAGCACCGUAUCUGAGGGACGGGCCUGUGCUUUUCCUUUUCACGCCUCGUAAUCCUCUGCAUUCGGAGAAUUACAAUUAUAAUUUGAUGAGAGAAGUCGGAUUAGAAUAUUAUAAUUGCGCGGACAAUGCGUCGACUAAAGAGAUAAUUGAACGACUCAGUGUUAAACGACGCACGGCUAUCCCGAGACAUUCUGAACGAAACAAAUCAUGCACGAAGCUCUUGAAAGAGAAUAAGAACGAGAUAAGCGAAUCGGAGAUUAAUAUCUCUAUGCAAAGGUGGAUCAACGAUAGCUGCUGUGCGAACAUCGUGAUGAACAAAUGCUCCCUAUGCAAAACAAACGCGGAGAGCGAUUCUUCAAUUUGUAAGCUUAAUUCUAAUAAACUCGAUCGCGUCUGCAGCGGAGCGGAUAUCUUUAAAGUUUCUACCGUGGAUUCUGUUCAGUACGAAAAAUAUGAACUCUGUUGCAAUCGAGACGACGCGGCGGUAAAAUAUCAACACGGAUUUAAGUCUAAGAGUCAAAAGUACAAAACGUCGAUCCCUGCUGCGAAUGAGGAGGACGCGAGGUCCGCGGAUGCAGUGAAAAGGGGAAAGUUAAGAUUAGAUUGUAAGAAGUGGAUGAUUGGGAAUAAGUAUCACAAGCCUAUAUUCCCGCGUGAUGAUUCCGGACAUCCGUUUACGAAUAUUACGAGAUCGGUCUGCAAGGUUAAUAAAACGCUGGCGCUAAUAGCGAUCGAUAGUCUGCAUUAUUUUCACUUCGCAGAAGCUCUUGGUAUAGACAUAUUAAAGAAUAAGGACAAGACUGCCGUUGUUAUAUUAGACGUUGCACGUGAGAGUCAAUACGUCAUGCAGGAAGAUUUUAAGAGAUAUACACUUGUACAAUUUAUAAAUAAUUAUACACUCGGUUUUCUACAACGCACUUUGCGUUCUAACAAUUCAAGGCGUUUCGUUCAAAAGUUUAAAACUAAAGUCGAUUGUAAGCCGAAUAAUGUACAAAGCGUCUGCAUACCGGAAUUAACUACUGAGACCUUCUUGGAUAUUAUCUUGGAUCCAACAAAGGAUGUGGUUGUGAUGUACCACUCUCCUUAUUGUGCAUUUUGUAGCGCGAUAUUUUAUGUAUACUUAACAGUGGCUCAUUAUUUCCGCGAAAUGGAUCACCUCUCAUUUGUAAGAGUAGACGGUGAUAAUAAUGAUUUACCAUGGGAAUAUAAUAUGAAUCGAUUCCCAUCUAUUCUAUUCCUCCCUGCCAAAAGCAAGGAGGAUAGCACGGUGUAUCCGUUUUCUCUGCCGGUCACCAUACCGAAUCUCGUCAAUUUCAUUUUAGCGAAUUUAGACGGAGACUCGCAUGUUGAAGCGCUUGUAAAUAUUUGUCAGUCCGGAGCUGGAGAGGCUCCGGACACGUGCAUCGCACGAACCCGUUGGCUGUGUCUAGAUAUCAUUAGACAAUUGCUCCGAGAUUAUCGAAGGUUGAUCAGGCAUAUUAGCCUGUUAGGUAGAACAAGUGCCAGCAAUAGGAGGAAAAUCAUUUUAUUAAAAUUGGCGCAUAUUAAAGACGUACAUUUAAUACUCGGUUCCACUGUUGAUCUCCGAGCGGAUAAACAGAAAGUAAAACUUAUCAGGAAGAAGUACAGGACAUAUUAUAAGAACAUUAGGACACUUGAAUUAGAUAGUAAAUUGAAUAGCACGCAGGAUUAUCUCGAGAAGAAACAUGUUUCUGAGAGGAAAGUUAAAAGCGAAUUGUGAUAUUGAGUUAAUGAUAGACUUGUUACGAAUGAUGUCAACUUACUCUCUUCUUUUUCAAGUUAAUACCUCACAGAGCUUAUUUUGCAAACGUAAAACGUGUGUCACAUGCAAACGACUAUUACAACUGAUUUAAAUAUUUGCCUGUUUGUAUAUGUUAAGAAAGUUAAUGAUUUCAGUGUAAAACAUUCCUUAUCGAGCGAUAAAUUGAAAAGCAUUUUUACAAUGUAUUUGUAAUUAUUUAUUUGCACUUUUAUAAGAUUUUUCCAAGAAGAAAAUGUUUCUGGCUACUGUGAGAGAGAUACCAGCCACUGAUAACACUAAUUUGUUCCAUGCAUCAUCAGGGAGUGUACGUGCAUUAGAAUUACUCAUCUCUGAUUAAUAUUCAUGAUGUUAGAAGAGAGUAAUGAAAUAGGUACUAACGCAAACGCGGAAUAGCAAGGAAUGACACAAUGCAGUGAACUUUUAUUUCUGGAGAACCUAAGAUGAAGCAAGAAUUUGAUUCCUGAUCUGAUGUAUGUUGUGUGAUCCGAGUACGCAAUUACUCAAAUGCGUGAUGCCUGUACAUCUCUGUAAAUAUUGUUAUACACAAUAAUAAUAAAACUAUAUGUUGAUAUA